AUGGGAAAUGGUCUGCUGGGUGGAUCUGCAAUCUCAAUCAAUGAAGAAUGUGCCGAGCAGAACCUAAGAAAUCACCUAUAUGUCUGCCUUAAAGGUGUUGGUGUUUCAUUAGAUGAUGAAAGAGGGCUUCGAUUUGUCAAGGAGCCUCCAAAUAAAGGCUUUAAGUCAGAUGAUGAUCUUUUUGCAGGUGUAGAUUGGGAGCACUCUGAUUCCAAAAGUUCAGAUGCAGAAGUUGAGCCAGAAUGCAUGUGA